CUCUGGGCCCCUCUCCCCACAUUUUCCUUGACCCCCCCUGGCCACAGCAGGAGGAGAGGCCCAUCAGGCAGAUCCUCUACCUGGGGGAGCUGCUGGAGACCUGCCACUUCCAGUCCUUCUGGCAAGCUCUGGAUGAGAACAUGGAGCUGCUGGAUGGGAUCACCGGCUUCGAGGACUCCGUAAGGAAAUUCAUCUGCCACGUGGUGGGGAUCACCUACCAGCACAUCGACCGCUGGCUGCUGGCUGAGAUGUUGGGGGACCUCUCGGAGGCUCAGCUGAAGGUUUGGAUGAGCAAAUAUGGGUGGACGGAACCGGAGCCUGGGCGGAUCUUCAUCUGCAACCAGGAGGAGAGCAUCAAACCCAAGAACAUCGUGGAGAAGAUCGACUUCGACAGCGUCUCCAGCAUCAUGGCGUCCUCCCUCUGAGCCCCUCAUUUUUGCUGUGGUCAUCCCCCCCCAUUUAACUUCGGGCUUUGCCAGUAAAGGA